AAUUUGCAGUUGGUCAAAUAUAUUUCUCCCAACUCCAUCACCAAACCGUUUCUCCGUAUCUCCACUCUCUAAAAUCUCUCCAUCAAACCAAAUCUCCGCAGAAUUUAUUAUAUAUCUCUUCCCACAAUUCUCAGCAAAUUUUAACGCCGUCCCAGUGCGGUUUCUCAUCGUUUCUGCAAAGCUUGAACCGAGAGACUGAGAUUUUCAAUAUCCUUUGCUUCUGCAAGUUUUGCUUCCUCCGGAAGGACCCAAUAUUUACUAGCUUUUGCAAUUUUAAAGCGCCAGAGGCUGUGGUUUGUGGGUGGUGAAGCUGUCGACAUGUCUCAUAAGCGCCACGGAAGGGAAGAAGGUGGUUCCAUCGAUGAGAAGCGUUUGAGGAAAUCUCAUUCCUUUAGAAGUGUAGUGCUGGAAGUGAUCAACUUGAUAAGAAUGCAAAAUCUCAUGAACCCAAUUCUGGAGCCUCUGAUUCGUCGAGUUGUCAAGGAGGAGGUGGACUCAGCAUUAAGGAAGUAUAUAGUUUCCGCCAAACGGAAUUCUGGGAAAGAGCCAUGCUUUUCUGAUCCAAAGAGUAUACAGUUGCAAUUACAGUUAAAAUUUUUGAAUGCUAUAUCUCUUCCCGUUUUCACUGGGACUCGUAUCGAGGGAGACUCUGGCACAAGUGUGGAAGUUGCUUUAGUUGACGCUCAUACAGGAGAAGUUGUUUCUAAUGGUGCUUGGUCAUCUGCAAAGGUGGAAAUGGUAGUACUUGAAGGAGAUUUUGAUGGUGACGAGGGAGAUAAUUGGACCCUCGAUGAGUUCGCAAAUAAUAUAGUGAGAGAGCGGGAAGGCAAAAAGCCUCUUUUAAUCGGAGAUGUGAUCUUGACCCUUAACAAUGGUAUGGGAUCUGUUGGUGAUAUUUCAUUUACGGAUAAUUCAAGCUGGACAAGAAGUCGUAAGUUCAGAUUGGGGGCUAGAUUGCUAGAUGAUGCUGGUGGUCUCAGAAUAAGAGAGGCCAGAACAGAUCCCUUUGUUGUCAGGGAUCAUCGUGGAGAAUUGUACAAAAAGCACCAUCCUCCAUCCCUGACUGAUGAAGUUUGGCGGCUGGAGAAAAUUGGAAAAGACGGAGCAUUUCACAAACGCCUGAGCAAGGAAGGAAUUAGGACCGUGCAUGAUUUCCUGCUCUUGCUCUCCUUAGACCCCACAAGGCUUCGAAACAUCCUCGGGAAUGGCAUGUCCACUAAGAAGUGGGAAGUGACUAUGGAGCAUGCUCAGACAUGUGUACUGGACAAAAAGUUGUACAUGUACACCCCCGCACCUCCAGGACAGAAUGGUGUUGUUUUUAAUGUAGUUGGACAAGUGGUCGGGAUAUUCUCCGAUGGCCAGUAUGUGGCUUCUGAUAAGUUGUCCGAUGAUGAAAAGGCAGAUGCUCAUCAAUUGGUCACCUCCGCAUUUAGAUUUCAUGAGAAAAUUGUGGUCAUAGACGAAUCGGCCCUUAAUAUGCCUACCUCCUCGCUAUGCGUAUCCAAUGCUGAACCUUCCCCGAACUUGCUCUCUGAGGGUAGUUACCAGCAAGAUUCAACAACUUCUCAGAACAUAACCAGAUCCACCUACUCUCAACUAGUAGAUUCUUCCCCGGAUUUUAUGCAGUCAUUCUAUCCCUUUGGAGCUUCCAAUAGCUUCGAUAUUCCUGGUAUCGACCCAAUGGAAAUCAGGUAUGACCAGCCUCUAGGUUUCCCUAAUCAGGUCAUGGACACCUCAAUCUGUGACACUGAUACCAUGGCCGGGGCAUUCUCCCAAAGCGAGCAUUUAAAGUAUUUUGAGCCAGAUUGUUCUCUACGGAGUCCCAAUGAUAGAAGUCCUAAAGGGUGGUACUUUUUGGCGUGCGUAUUGAGAUGGCGGUUCUUUGUGAAAAGAAUCGUGUCUAGGAAGAGCCGGUGCUAG